GUUUCCGACUGUAUUGUCGUUAGCUUGACGCGGCUGAGUUUAUGUAACAGGCCCACAGGAAAUCUAGUCCUACGUCGUCCUGCUGUCAGGUCACGUGUCAACAGAUGAGGGGACAGUUGCUGACUUCAUCAUUUUCAAUGGAAACACACUAAAAGGUCGUCUUUGUGGAACCUCUCACAUUCUCCAUCAUGCAGUUGGAGGCUCAGCUGCGUCUUUGUCAGAGUUGUCUUUGGUGCUGCAAGAGCGGGCUGCGUCUGCUCUCCCAGAGCUAUACACACAGAAAAGCUGUGAACUACUACGAUCUCCUGGGAGUCAAAUCUGACGCCUCCUCGGAGGACAUAAAACAUGCAUUUUUUGACAAAUCCAAGAAGCUGCACCCCGACAGUGACCCAUCCAACCCAGCACUGCACAGCCUGUUCGUGGAGCUGAACGAGGCCUACAGAGUGCUGAGCAAAGAUCCGAGCAGGAAGGAGUAUGACUUCAAAAUGAGACAUCCAUACAGUGGUGGCCCCACCUUCAGAUCUACAUCCAGUAACACCACCUACAGAGCCAGUGCGGAUACCCAGCAGAGCUUUCGUUACUGGGAGCAGUUUCGCCAGUCUCAAGCACAAGAGAUGACAGCAGAGGAGUGGCAGAGGAGGAGGAGGAGAAACUCUCGCCUGGUGGGCUACUGCUUCAUCACCAUGGUGCUCAGCAUCGGAGCCCACAUAGUCUUCUUCAGGAAACUGGAAGAAGUUCACAAUACCUUCAUGGACGAGAAAGAUCGAGCCAUCGCAGAAAUUUACAAAGAAUCCAAAGAGCGGGCCAGGGCCAACGGUUUUAAGAAACAGACAGAAAUCCUGCGGCAGAAACAUGCAGAGUUUCUGGAGAAAUACAACAUCCGCAACGACGGAGACGACAAGUAGGAGAGUCUCCAUCUGUGCUCUGUGACGAUGGAGUUCAAGCUGCCAGCAGGUGGAAGGCGGCAGACUGCACGUGGUGCUUGUUUUAGGAUUUCAAAGUUUAUUUAUUUAAACAAAACAUUUUGACGUGUUUGUCCUCAGUUGUGAUGAUGAGGACUUGGAAGACACACAGAACAUGGGUGGUAUGUGCGAGGGUUUCCUCUGGUCAUUGGUUUCUUCAUCAUACUGGACCUGGUCUGUUGAACCUUUUACUUAAUGGAGAAUAUUUGAAGUGAUGUGAUGGUCUAAAGGAUCCAGCUACAGUGUGUCCUAAGGAGCCAUAGUGAACACAUGUUUAAACUGCUUCUAAUGAACUCACAGGGACGGGACCUCUAAGGUGCUCAGCCUCAUUGCUGCUUGCUGGGGUUCCCAGAUGACAGAUCUAGGUGAUCUAGUCAAGACGAAACACAGCUGUAGUACCAAUAUGUUUCUUUCUGAACGAAACUUGUGUUAUAUUAAAAAUCAUAUAUUAGUUUGCUCAAAAGGACGUUUCCGUAAUGUCCUCUUAGGUUUGAUGAGGCUGUUCGAGGAGAUGAUUGAGGAGGGUGAAGUGUAACGCGUGCAAAGUCAAGCUUUUUGGCAAUAACAGUUUGUCAAGCAAAAGUGGCUGAAACGUGUUUCAAUGCCUGUUCACGGUUAUGGAUCUUGGGACAUCGGCAUCAAACUCUUUCAUUGAUCCCUCGGUUGACCCGGUGUGUUACUGUAGAAAUGCAACACAAUGCCUAAUAAUAAAAGGUCCUCUGGUUGUUAGAAAUGGAGUCGAAGAAGAAGGAGAUCAGUAUUAUGACUUAAAAAGAGUGGCGCUGAGUAAUUUAAAUAUAGUCCAACUAUUGUGUUAAGAUUGACAAUGAAAAUGUUCACAUGAAAUGGAUUGAAGUACACCGGUUAUUUCAGCACUUCCCGCCUGUCCUCUCUGUUUUAUGAUAUUAGACAUGGUUGCCUUACCUAUUUCUUUAAGGGAUGUCAGAGGGAAAUGAUUAAAAGAUCAACUUUUACUCAUCAAUCA